GGUCAUGUGAAUAACUUACAGAAGAUGACAUCAUGCCGUCAAAUGUAUCUGACCGUUACUUGCAGAUACAAAGGACAAACCACCCAAAGCAUGGGCUUCAUGCCGAGUCACUAAGUUGUUCCCUGGCAUCCUUUGAAGAGAAAAAUGUGGUCAGAGGAGUUUUCAGUUCAUUAAAACCUGCAGUCUCACCCUCACAUGUCAUUAAUUCUACAUCACUAUGUUAAAAAUGAAUGCCCCCCUUACAAGUCAGCAGAUAUGGUGGUUUGUUGAGCAAAGCUGCUUAAUGAUACACUGUAGAGCACGUCAUCCUUCUCAUAUUACUAUUAAGAGUGACUCAUUGACAAAUUGAGUUGGGACGCAAACAGACGCAACUUAAGGUGACUACAGUUACCAGGUGACAUGAAAACACCAACACUGAACAGUUAACAAGUGACGACAGAAGAAAAUCUCACAGAGCUAACCAAAUAAUGUCACAUGACUCCAAGUUACGGCUUCAUCAGAACAACAAGAGGUCAGAUGACUCGGGGGCUCGAGUGGGCAGCCAAGAGAAGACACUGGCUGUGCUGCUGGAGCAAGCCUUCAGAAUCACAGAGGAGGUGGCCACAGGACUACAGUCCAGCAAGGGCUCCAUCCAGGUGGAGGCACUCUCUCGGAAACUGCUGGAGAGUCACAUUCUGACAGUCACUCAUAUUGUCAGGCAACUCAGUGUGGGCAUACAGGCACUAGAGAGACAUAUGUCUCAGAGGGACUCAGUCAGUUCUGGGACAGCACUAGCUGUUCAAAGCUUAGACCAGAAAAACCUGGCUGGGAUCGGAGACCUAAGAGGACGUGUGUCCAGGUGUGAUGACAGCCUUGCCAAGCUGAGUGUUGACAUCAGUGCUGCAGAGCAGCGUAUGAUUGCACUGCAGCAGGAAAUGAGAGACCUCAGAUUGGUGGUGGACACAAAGCUACAAGAUCUGGAUGUCAAGCUUCAUCGUGGCCUUCAAGGACUAGAGGUGUCUUUAACAGAGGUCAACAACAAACAAAGGGAAGUAGAGACUGAUAUCCAGAGUAAAGUUAAAUUAUUAGAGGACAAGAUCUGCAGGUUGUUAGAAGAGGUGAGGGAACAGACUGAUUUGCUGAAGAAGUGGACAGAACAACAGCUCCUCACAGACAAUUCUGCAGAGGAACCAGCAACUCAGCUUGGAAUUGUCGAGGCACAGUGUCGAUUCUCUGGACAGUUCCUUGCACUAGACGCCCGUCUAGAGCAGGCAGACCAAAAUAACGCCAAGCAAAUAAAAAAACAUGAAUAUAACCUGGGCAGGAGAAUGAAGUCUGUGGAGAACAGCCUUGGUGAGGAGCUGCAGCUGCUCAAACAGGAAUACCACAAAGGGUUCCUGUCUGUGCAUGAUGCCAUCCAGUCCCUGAGGCAGAUAGGUGACAUUAAAUCUCACCUUGACAAGGAGAAGCUGCAGAAGGAUAUCAGACACAUCUGCUGUAAGGUGGCAGACAGCAGUGACUGAAGGGGAGUGGAGAGAUAAUUUCACAUCGGUUUGCAAUGUGUCUCAAAUUACUAAAGAUUUUUUACUGUUAAAACUAAAUCCUUUAAAACAAAAAUCACAGAAAUCAUUUUUUUUUCUCUGAUGAAUCAGGUUGGCAUUGGUUUGCUGUGAUGUAAAGAUACAUCACAGCAAACUAAUCUGAUGAUAAUGUUAAUACAAUAAAAAAAUCUGUAUUAAAAUGAUUUAUCUGUAUGAAUGCGUUCAUGUUCUUGUUAAUGACUUGUAUUGAUAAAGCAUGUGUUUGUUUAUACACAAUGAACAAAUUAAAGACUUACUUGAGAAAGAUUUAUUUCAGGCUCUGUAUGUAUUUUUUCUUAACAAUGAGUUUGACAAUUAAUUCCUGGCUGUGUUUGAUGAGUAGGAAAACCAGUAAUUAUUUGCUGACAGUACAGUAUACAGAUGCAUAGAAGUGAAGUUUGCCAGGAUUUUGUCCAGGACUCUUCACCGCCAUAGAAAGACAAACUAAUUUAACAGACCUAAAGCAGACUCUCCACCUCUAGAAAAUUUCUAGGACAUGUUUUAUUGUGUUUAUUUUUCCCACCCUAAAAACUUUUCUUUUCUAACAAAGAAGGUAAUUUUGCUGACGUUAAGGUCGACAUUAUUCUACCUAAUAGACAUGCAGAGUGUGACUGAUCAAAUCCUCCUUAAAAGAAGCAGUAGAGACCUCAGAACAUUCUGUUAAAUCUUUUUUUGCUUUCCCCAAUCACAAUGAUCUAAAUAGCAGUGAACUGAUGUAAUUAAAGUUUUGAUUAUAAAUUGUAAAACAAAAACCCUGCCUUCUUCAAAGAGAGCCAGAGAAGCUGAAUUGUUGAAAGCCGUAUGACAAAGCCAGUAAAGCUACAUGCUUCCAUUAAUAUGAUUUACUGUAGUUAAUUAAACCUGAAUUCUGGAUGCAGAUGAUUCAAGAAUUGAAUGUAAGUCCAACAGCCUUUUGUCCUCCUUCAUUU